AUGAUUGUAGGCACUCGAAGCGUCGGAACCAGUAUCAGCAAAAUGGCUGCUCUUGCGAAGUGUUCGAGAGCAGCAAUUAUUAAUAUGCAUAGAGAGUGGACUACCAAGCAGAAAACCGGGUCUCAACGUCCGGCUUGUGGCCGUCACAGGCUACUGAAUGCUCCAGAUGAAAUGAGACUUGCCAGAGUUGUCCACUCCAACAUAAGAGCAACAGAACGUCAAAUAGCGGGGAAUUUUAAUGAAGGGGCAACUUCGAACGUCUCUGAACGAACUGUGCGGCGCACAUUACAUCAUAUAGGCUAUGGGAGUCGACACUUGUUCGAAAGCUUCUACUGA